AUGUACCUAUACGUCCGUGAAUGUUACUAUACAGUCCGUGAAUGUUACUAUACGGUCCGUGAAUGUACCUAUACGGUCCUUGAAUGUUACUAUACGGUCCGUGAAUGUACCUAUACGGUCCUUGAAUGUUACUAUACGGUCCGUGAAUGUACCUAUACGGUCCUUGAAUGUUACUAUACGGUCCGUGAAUGUACCUAUACGGUCCUUGAAUGUUACUAUACGGUCCGUGAAUGUACCUAUACGGUCCUUGAAUGUUACUAUACGGUCCGUGAAUGUUACUAUACGGUCCGUGAAUGUACCUAUACGGUCCUUGAAUGUUACUAUACGGUCCGUGAAUGUACCUAUACGGUCCUUGAAUGUUACUAUACGGUCCGUGAAUGUACCUAUACGGUCCUUGAAUGUUACUAUACGGUCCGUGAAUGUACCUAUACGGUAAGUGAAUGUUACUAUACGGUCCGUGAAUGUACCUAUACGGUAAGUGAAUGUUACUAUACGGUCCGUGAAUGUACCUAUACGGUCCUUGAAUGUUACUAUACGGUCCGUGAAUGUACCUAUACGGUCCUUGAAUGUUACUAUACGGUCCGUGAAUGUACCUAUACGGUCCUUGAAUGUUACUAUACGGUCCGUGAAUGUACCUAUACGGUCCUUGAAUGUUACUAUACGGUCCGUGAAUGUACCUAUACGGUCCUUGAAUGUUACUAUACGGUCCGUGAAUGUACCUAUACGGUCCUUGAAUGUUACUAUACGGUCCGUGAAUGUACCUAUACGGUCCUUGAAUGUUACUAUACGGUCCGUGAAUGUACCUAUACGGUCCGUGAAUGUUACUAUACGGUCCGUGAAUGUACCUAUACGGUCCUUGAAUGUUACUAUACGGUCCGUGAAUGUACCUAUACGGUCCUUGAAUGUUACUAUACGGUCCGUGAAUGUACCUAUACGGUCCUUGAAUGUUACUAUACGGUCCGUGAAUGUACCUAUACGGUCCUUGAAUGUUACUAUACGGUCCGUGAAUGUACCUAUACGGUCCGUGAAUGUUACUAUACGGUCCGUGAAUGUACCUAUACGGUCCUUGAAUGUUACUAUACGGUCCGUGAAUGUACCUAUACGGUCCUUGAAUGUUACUAUACGGUCCGUGAAUGUACCUAUACGGUCCUUGAAUGUUACUAUACGGUCCGUGAAUGUACCUAUACGGUCCUUGAAUGUUACUAUACGGUCCGUGAAUGUACCUAUACGGUCCUUGAAUGUUACUAUACGGUCCGUGAAUGUACCUAUACGGUCCGUGAAUGUUACUAUACGGUCCGUGAAUGUACCUAUACGGUCCUUGAAUGUUACUAUACGGUCCGUGAAUGUACCUAUACGGUCCUUGAAUGUUACUAUACGGUCCGUGAAUGUACCUAUACGGUCCUUGAAUGUUACUAUACGGUCCGUGAAUGUACCUAUACGGUCCUUGAAUGUUACUAUACGGUCCGUGAAUGUACCUAUACGGUCCUUGAAUGUUACUAUACGGUCCGUGAAUGUACCUAUACGGUCCUUGAAUGUUACUAUACGGUCCGUGAAUGUACCUAUACGGUCCUUGAAUGUUACUAUACGGUCCGUGAAUGUACCUAUACGGUAAGUGAAUGUUACUAUACGGUCCGUGAAUGUACCUAUACGGUAAGUGAAUGUUACUAUACGGUCCGUGAAUGUACCUAUACGGUCCGUGAAUGUUACUAUACGGUCCGUGAAUGUACCUAUACGGUCCUUGAAUGUUACUAUACGGUCCGUGAAUGUACCUAUACGGUCCUUGAAUGUUACUAUACGGUCCGUGAAUGUACCUAUACGGUCCUUGAAUGUUACUAUACGGUCCGUGAAUGUACCUAUACGGUCCGUGAAUGUUACUAUACGGUCCGUGAAUGUACCUAUACGGUCCUUGAAUGUUACUAUACGGUCCGUGAAUGUACCUAUACGGUCCUUGAAUGUUACUAUACGGUCCGUGAAUGUACCUAUACGGUCCUUGAAUGUUACUAUACGGUCCGUGAAUGUACCUAUACGGUCCUUGAAUGUUACUAUACGGUCCGUGAAUGUACCUAUACGGUCCGUGAAUGUUACUAUACGGUCCGUGAAUGUACCUAUACGGUCCUUGAAUGUUACUAUACGGUCCGUGAAUGUACCUAUACGGUCCUUGAAUGUUACUAUACGGUCCGUGAAUGUACCUAUACGCGUUCGGUACACUUCAUACGGUAG